ACCUGCUCUAUCGGAUCCCCCUCCUCUCCGCAUAAUAAACUAACUACAGAUCUCAAACUUGCCUUUGAGAUCACCCUCACACGCGUUGCACCAAGCGCAGUCUGAGCAGAGGCACAGCACGUCUCCGACUCAGAGGACUCCGCGCUAUACUGAAUAGAUCGCAAUCCGCGCAGCCAAGGAAACCCAGCAAAAACUUUGCCUCCAAAUCCCCGGGCCGUCAGGGUGGGGUUGAGACGCAAACAAAAGCACUCUAAAAAGUGCCAGCUGCAAAUUCACUUCGUUUAGAUACAAAUUCAAGAAGAUAAGCGGAACCGAUUGGCGUCUCCUCUGCAAAACUUUUUUUCUGAGAAAAACGCGGAGCGACGAGCGUCCCACCGAAAGGAUGAAAAUGGAAAUAGCGUGGACAAUCAUUGUGCUAGGUGCCCUACUCCAUAGCACACAGUCGGAUCUUGCAGACCCACCCGCUCAAUCUAAUCCCCCUCAAUCUAAUCCCGUGGACCCGCCCUCUCAAAACAAUCCCGUGGACCCGCCCUCUCAAAACAAUCCCGUGGACCCGCCCUCUCAAGUCAAUCCCGCGGACCCGCCCUCUCAAUCUAAUCCCGCGGAACCGCCCUCUCAAUCUAAUCCCGCGGACCCGCCCUCUCAAUCUAAUCCCGUGGACCCGCCCUCUCAAUCUAAUCCCGCGGACCCGCCCCCUCAAUCUAAUCCCGCGGACCCGCCCCCUCAAUCUAAUCCCGCGGACCCGCCCCCUCAAUCGAAUCCCGCGGACCCGCCCCCUCAAUCUAAUCCCGCGGACCCGCCCCCUCAAUCUAAUCCCGCGGACCCGCCCCCUCAAUCUAAUCCCGCGGACCCGCCCCCUCAAUCUAAUCCUGCGGACCCGCCCCCUCAAUCUAAUCCUGCGGACCCGCCCUCUCAAAUCAAUCCUGCAGACCCGCCCCCUCAAUCGAAUCCCGCGGACCCGCCCCCUCAAUCUAAUCCCGCGGACCCGCCCCCUCAAUCUAAUCCCGCGGACCCGCCCCCUCAAUCUAAUCCUGCGGACCCGCCCCCUCAAUCUAAUCCUGCGGACCCGCCCUCUCAAAUCAAUCCUGCAGACCCGCCCACUCAAUCUGAUCCCGCAGACCCGCCCUCUCAAAUCGAUCCCGCAGACCCACCCCCUCAAUCUAAUCCCGCAGACUCGCCCUUUCAAAUCGAUCCCGCAGACCCACCCCCUCAAUCUAAUCCUGCAGACCCACCCCCUCAAUCUAAUCCUGCAGACCCACCCCCUCAAUCCGAUCCUGAUGAUCCUCACCGGCAAACCGAUCCUACUGAUCUCAAUAAACAAAGGGAUAUUGUUAACCAUUCAAAUGCUGAAUCAGUCGACCAAGCAGCACCAGAUUCUGUUUCUACUGUCUCUCCAAGUCAACAGACACUGGAAGCACAAACAUCCACUAUUCCAAUGACAUCAGCACCGCAUCAAACGAAUGACAACUUCAUCUCUACUGCCAAAACAGAGGAUAAAACUAAAAAAACCUUCGCUCGUGACUUUGAUCUGAGCGAAAACAGUAAGGAGGAUGUCCUACUUGAAACCUGUAAGACACUCGGUCAGAAGAUGAACGGCAAAUGCUCUGUGAGCGUUGAAAUACAAGACAAACAAUUACUUGCAACCAUAAAAAUAGCUGCUGACCGAUACAUACCAGAACAACAUUACAAAGCCUCUCCAAACACAGAACAGAAGGAGGAUACGAUCAAAGAGACAAUACCAGACACACUGAUCGCCAUUCUGGCCUCAUGUGGCGCUUUGGUGCUCAUUCUGUGCUUAUUUGCCGCAUACUGCACAUAUCAUCGCAGAUCCUAUAGAAAGAACCAGCAACACCUGACGGAAGAGCUACAGACGGUGGAGAACGGUUACCAUGACAAUCCCACGCUGGAGGUGAUGGAGGUACAGCCGGAGAUGCAAGAGAAGAAAGUGGCAUUAAACAGAGAUUUUAACGACAGUUGGAUCGUCCCCAUAGACAACCUACUAAAAGAGGACAUGGCAGAUGAAGAAGAUACCCACUUGUAAAGACACCGCAUGAGCUGUCAGCGGCGUAAAACACGCUGUUAACGGUAGACCGUGACCAAUCCAAAUGUAAGGAGGGCAUAGAUUGCUGUUAAAAAGACUAUUAAAUGACCAUGGGGAUUCACGGUGCCCUGAUGUAAAUGUUGUAAUGAAGUAGUUAAAUGUCAAACAAGCUCAAGAGAGAGCGGGAAAAAAAUCUAAGCGCUUUGUGUGCCGCAUCUAUUGAAAAGGAAAACUGGGACUUCCAUACAUGGAUCAAAGCACAGUUUGUGGCUUUUCCUCGUGCCUUAACUUUGUCUUUAUGUGUUUUGCUUCUUGUGUUUGUCACACUUAGAUCAUAGUUGACAAAGUGAGCCUUCUGCGCCAAGCAUCCUAAUAAAAAACGAGAUCUUAAAAAUUCAGGAUUAAUUGCGAUGCACGUCUUCAGAGGAAUGUGCAUGGCGUGUGUGUAAAGUUGAUUUAUUUCACUCCCAUCCAAUGUGUUUUUGUUUAGGGGCACCUAACACUCAUAGUUAACGGAUUACACUGUGACCAAUGGAUGAAUCAUCCUGGUAAACUAUAGGCACAUGAAUCUACAUCUUACAAACACGUAAAUAUUCUUUUCCCAUGCUUGACGAAUAUGUUCAAUGAUGUUUUAGUGAUUUAGGUGUUUUGAGACAACCUAAUUUGUGUAUAUAAAUAGGCAGGUUGUUUUUUUACAUUUAAAAGACUGCAGUUUGGUUGACCAUUUUACAGGAAAAUUAAACACAAAAUCAUGUCAUUUAUUCACAGGUUUGAAAUGUUGAUGUGUUUUGUCUAUUGUCUUGUUUCUUAAGUUUAGUAUAUUGAUCACAUUAUGUGUGGGGAUAUUUUAUUUAAUUGUCAAUGUUGAUCUCACCAAACAUUCAUUGUCUUAUGUAUGUGCAUGCACUACACCCAUUUUCAGUUUAAGGGACUCACUUCUGCCUCAUUUUAACUGAUCUUUGUCCACCAAAGUAUUUAGGUUGAAUGUAUAGCUGUAUUCUGUAUUUUAAGUCAGUUUGCUCACGUGUGCGAACGACAGGGGUCUGAUACACUGGAAGCCGCAUCUCUGUCACAUCGGAUGGGGACGGCCAUGUCUUCUUAUACAAAUAAAAAAGCAUUGGGAUUUAAAAAAAAGCGUUUUCAUGUUG